UACGUCUAUUUAUGCAAUAAAUACAAUUUCAAGGCAAGUGAAUGUUAAAGGGUUAUGAAUUAUGCGAAGAAUAAAUAAUUAAAGGCAUCUUUAUGAUUUCUUAAUGUGUAUAAAAGAAGAAAAUGGACAAACAAGGAAAGCUAAAUCUUUUUAAGUUUUUAAUCACCUGUGGCAGACAAGAGAAUUGGAGAAUUCUAGGCCAUGAAGCGCCGGAGUAUCUAAUAAUCUAGAACAAGGCUUAUACAGUUCGAAAGUUAGAAGGUUCGCCGAAACGACAUCGUUAGCUUCUUCUCCUUCCAUUGUUUUUGAUAAAUUCAGUUGUGCACGAAACCAACACUACAAAAGCCAAAGCACCACCAAGCAUUCGCUGUCGUCUCUCAAAUGCUUCAACCGCCACCUCUUCAAUGAGGAGAAGGAAGAAGAGGAGGAAAGAGAAUUCAAACCUAUGAAGAAGAAGUCGGCGGCGGCGAUAGCGAUGGCGAGGACCGCCGGAAUGUCUGUGAAAAAUGUGUUGUGGUUGUGGUGGAAGCUGGUGGUUCUAGUUUCUCUUACUCUGUGUGUAUUGGCUUUUCUCAAGCUACAGAGCUACUCUCUUUCCGAUUCCGAACUUCCGUCUUCUUUUUCUACUUCUUCAAUUUCUCGUAGAUCUCGACCUCUUGAUUAUAGUGGCAAUCCUAAAGUUGCUUUCCUCUUUCUUGUUCGUCGUAAUUUGCCUCUCGAUUUCCUUUGGGGAAGUUUCUUCGAGAAUGCUGACACUGGUAAUUUUUCCGUAUAUGUACAUUCGGAGCCUGGUUUUGUGUUUGAUGAGUCUACCACAAGAUCGAGUUUCUUUUAUGAUCGGCAAUUAACAAAUAGCAUCAAGGUAGCUUGGGGAGAAUCAAGUAUGAUCCAAGCAGAGAAGUUAUUACUUGGCUCAGCACUUGAUGAUCCAGCAAAUCAAAGAUUUGUUCUCCUGUCAGACAGCUGUGUCCCACUGUACAAUUUUAGCUUCAUAUACAACUACUUGAUGGCUACUCCGAGGAGCUUUGUGGACAGUUUUCUUGAUAAAAAGGAUGGCCGCUACAACCCAAAGAUGUCACCCUAUAUACCCAUGAGCAAAUGGCGGAAAGGGUCACAGUGGAUCACUUUAAUCAGGAAGCACGCGGAAGUGGUGGCAGAUGAUGAUGCUGUGUUUUCAGUCUUCAAGAUGUUCUGCAAGAGACGUCCACCAUUGGAACCGAGCAAGGGGAAAAAGAAUAUGAAACUUCAAAAGCAGCACAACUGCAUUCCAGAUGAACACUAUGUGCAAACAUUGUUGGCGAUGCAUGAUUUUGAAGGAGAACUUGAACGUAGAACGAUAACCUAUACAGAGUGGAAUGAAUCUGUGACAAAUAUGGAGAAAAAGGGUUGGCAUCCCAUUACAUUUAGCUAUGCUGAUGCUGGGCCUGUACAGAUCAAGAGAAUAAAGGAUAUCCGCAAUGUUUACUACGAAAGCGAGUACAGAACAGAGUGGUGUCGGAAUAAUUCUACUUUGGUCCCCUGUUUUCUUUUUGCAAGGAAAUUCUCACGAGGGGCUGCAAUGCGCCUCUUGAGUGAAGGAGUAGUUUCUCAGUUUGACGCUGCCUCUAUAAUGAACUCAACACCAUGAUUUUUAAUCAGCCCCUUUCUAAUAGUUUUUUCUGUCAUAUACUUCCAUGAGGGGAUAAGUGGCCGUUGAUAGAAUUACAACGAGAGUGUGUAACAACACCUCUAGCUUUACUGAUUUAGGAAAUAUACAGGUGGAAGCUGAUCGUAGUAUGGUUCAUAUAACACUUAGUACUGUAGAUAUUAAGAAAAUCACAUUACACUGUACGGUUAUGUUUCUUAAAAUGAUAGGAAUUCUUUUUAUUUCUAUUUUGUUCAGUACAUAGUGCAUUAUAUUUCAAAUUUGGAACAGCAAUGAUUGUUGAUUUCUAUUUCCAGCUUCCAAAA